CCAAGGUUCAUUGCAUCCAUAAGUAGCUUGUUAGACUUUUCGACGCUCUGUGAAUCGGUUCUUCCAGACUGUAAUCAGCAGCGCCGAGGCUUCUGCUGUUUCUGCUAAAAUGACUUUCAGCCACUUGUUAACCAGAGCUGUUCACAUUAACAGGGCUGGAUCCAGAUCAGCCUUUACGAGCUCCAAAUCGGACACAGUCAACCCCAACUGGCUGCGAGUGGGUCUUGCAUUUGGAACAUCAGCUUUUCUUUGGGGCCUGCUUUUCAAACAGCACAGCACAGAUGUACACGAGUACAAAGUGAGAAAUGGCCUUCAGUGAUCUAAACAGAUCACAGGAGGCAUUUGGAUCCUCUUUGUUGGACACACCUGGUUCUGUUCUGUGUAUAUCUCUGCCUGAACUCUGUAAAAUAAAAUAAAUAGAUGUCAUAUGUAA